GAUUCAGUUCAUUUGCAUGGCAAAGAGGGACUUUGCAAUUAUUUGCAAUUUAUCCGAUCACUCUUCCUAACAUUCUGGAGUAUAUAUAAAUUGCCAUCAUACAAACUGAGGCAGCAGACUUUGUGAAAAUUAAUAUUUGUGUCAUUUUCAAAACUUUUGGCCACGACUGUACAUUUAUUCACUCUGUGAUAGGGUUGGAUCCUAUAUGCUACUUUUAUUGUCCUGUAAAUGGUUCAGUGCCAAUAAUUUAGGCUGUGUGUGGAAUGGGGCAUACAGGAAAUGACCUCUACUUAUAAAUUACUACUAGAUUAUAGUGAUAUGGAAAACAGCAUACAAAUUCGGCUUGUGUAUUAAUUUGCUUAUAACUAAUCAAAAUGCCAUUAUUUUUUCAUAAAAAAGAGAAUACUUCAAAAUGAGAAGAUCCUGCCAUGGAAAAGACGACUGGGCGGACAUAAAGUGUAAAGGAGGGAAAAUAACUCCCACCUUGCAGCAGGACACCUUCAGCUGUGUGGUCUUUGUAAUGCAGGUUUGAUAGUUAUAUUUUCAAUAAUGAAUGGUUAGCUGUUAUGUGACAAUUAGGUCAAAAACUCUAUUGCUCUGAAAUUCUCCAACAUCCCCUGCCAAAUUGAUAUGGAACCUUCAAAAACACAUGGAGCAACUGCGAAAAGAAAUGGCUGAGGAUAUACUAAAAAUGUCUGGUAUGUAAUGAUAUUUAAUUCAAAGUAAAUGUCAAUUCUUUAUUUUUAUGUAGUUGUGUGGGACAGCCAUAUGUUCACUUCAUGACUAUGAUUUCAGAGUUCAACAAAGCCAACAACUGCUUCAUGUGUGCCACUGAUAAAGAACCUGGAUGUGGCCCAAAGACUGACUGGGUUAGUAACUUUAUUUAACAUGCUUAUAAUAUUUUGACAACAGUGACGGCAUGUAAGACAAUUUAUGAUAUAACACAAUGGAUGGCUAAUUUGUCAUACUGCAUUGAUAUUUGAUAUUAUUUAUAACGUGUUACACUUUGUUUUGUUUUGAUUGAAUGUUUUGCAUGCCAACUGAGGUUCCAUGUGCUGUAACUAGGAAUGAAGACAAAAGAGCUCAACAGAGUAAAGAACACAAACUGGAAGUGCAGUCUUUGUUGUUGAAAAUGUAUGCUAUACCCCAUCCACACUGAAGAGGCUGACAUGUACAUCAACCAGGGAUAAAGAGAAAGUUAACACGGUGAAAUGUUUCAUACUUAAUUGAAGUUAAGUGUCUGUUGGCAUUUUGGAAAAGAUUAAAGGUCUACAAUUUGUUUAAUUUGUCAAUAUUAUGUUUGUAUUAAUUGAUUUACUGGCCACCAUUACUGUGGUUACAUGUUCAGUAUAUGUAUUGACCGGCAAACCCACUGCAGCCUACCUCACCAGCUCACUCUCUCCAUCCCUGCUUUGGACAAUUAAUAGCAUGACUCUCGUACUUUGCCCUUUUCCUUUAUGGUUGAUAUUAACGACGAAAUGAGAUAUUAUCUGUCUCUCUCCUAUUGUUAAAUACUGUGGAAAAAUACAAAAAAAUAGGGAAAAUAAGUACUUAGAACUACCAAUUAUUGUAGAUAAAUAUUAAAGAAAAGGGCAAACACAACACUGGACUGAACCCCCUAAUUGUCAAACAAAUAAUAAUGUACAACAAUAUAGAAGAUACAUGACCAGAGGUUAUGCAAUAUGGGUGUAUAUCCACUGGAUGCUUCUUAGGUGUGUAAUUGACAUGACCAAGGAGCUAUUGCAAAUUUGAAACUAUGAAAAAUGUACGUUACACUGUAUGAUUUUACAGUACACAAACAAGUGUGUGCAAUAUAGAAGGGUAGUCAGCGGACAUUAGGUCACAUGACCAAGGAGCUAUUGAAAUUCUAAAUGUUGAAAAAUUCAUGUAAAACCACGUGAGAUGAAAAUGGACAAACUAAAUAGUGUGCCAUCGGGUUAGCUACAACCAGUUUUGAAAGUGUUUGGGAGAAAUGGUUAAAAAGCUAUUGAAAUUUUAAAAAUGUAAUUUGUCACUAAUUUGACGGUCCCUAACUGCUGUUGGUGGACGUGAGGAAAACUACAGGCGAAUAUCCCACCUGAAACUGUCUUUACCUCGGUGUUCCAUGCCUCGAUUCAUGAAGAUAAUCAGUCACCCAUUCAUAUCUUAAGCACCUAUAUAUGGUAUUCGCAAUGUAUGGUAGCGUUUGCAUGACUUGCAACUACUGGUAGACAUACUGACCUGGGUAUCUUGGUUACUGCCCUGCCCAACGAGGGUGCCUGAUCUGUGGGCUUCAGAAGAGGAACAGCUCCCUGCUUUAAGGGCCUGUUAUAAACAACCCCCUUCAAAUGCUGCACAGACUGGCUGUGUUGUCUGAGAAGCAGCUUGCAACUGGACUGCAUGGAUCUGAUGAGCAAACAUGAAGGUAAAAGCUAAACUAUGUGGCUGCCUGUUGGCUCUGGGUCUUGGAGUAGGCCUCUCCCAGUACCAGUCUAAAAGUCACACAAAGCAUCACAUCCAGCAGGGCAGGUCAACCAUAGUCCACCUGUUUGAGUGGCGCUGGAAUGACAUAGCUGAAGAGUGUGAGCGAUAUCUGGGACCCAAUGGAUUUGAUGGAGUGCAGAUCUCCCCUCCCAGUGAGAACGUGGUGGUGACUAAACCAUGGAGACCGUGGUGGGAGAGGUACCAGCCAGUCAGCUACAACCUCUGUUCCCGCUCUGGAACCCAACAGGAGCUCCGAGACAUGGUCUGCAGGUGCAACAAUGUCGGGGUGAAGAUCUAUGCAGACGUGGUCAUUAAUCACAUGUGUAUGUCUGGCGCGGGCGAGGGGGAGGGCAGACACCGUUCGACCUGUGGCUCAUACUUCAAUGCCAGCAAGAGGGAGUUCCCAUCUGUGCCCUACUCUGCUUCCCACUUCAACGAUGACAAAUGCACCACCAGCAGCAGAAAUAUUGAGACUUACCAAGACAUUUAUCAGGUGCGUAACUGUCGUCUGCUAGGUCUUCUGGAUCUGGCUCAGGACAAGGAGCAUGUGAGGGAAAGGAUAGUGGACUACAUGAACAGACUGGUGGAUAUGGGUAUAGCAGGUUUCAGGGUGGACGCAGGUAAACACAUGUGGCCUGAGGACCUGAAGAACAUCUACAGCAGACUUCACAACCUCAACACCACCUGGUUCACACAAGGAUCCAGACCACUCAUUUACCAAGAGGUUAUCGACCUCGGUGGCGAGCCGAUAAAAGCGACAGAAUACUGUGGACUGGGCCUUGUCACAGAGUUCAAGUAUGGUACUAUGCUGGGCUCUGUCAUCCGCAAGUGGAACCAAGGGAAACUCUCUGACCUCAAAACGUGUGGUGAGAGCUGGGAUCUGCUGCCCUCAGGCGAGGCAUUGGUGUUUGUGGAUAACCAUGACAACCAGAGAGGGCACGGUGCAGGAGGGGCCUCCAUCCUCACCUUCUGGGAGCCCAGAAUGUAUAAAAUGGCCGUGGCUUUCAUGCUGGCCCAUCCUUAUGGAGUUACGAGAGUGAUGUCAAGCUACCGGUGGGAUCAACAUGUUGUGGAUGGAAAGGACCAGAAUGAUUGGAUAGGUCCUCCCAGCUUCCCUGACGGCUCCACCAAGCCUGUCCCCAUACAGCCAGACGGCAGCUGUGGGGAGGGCUGGGUGUGUGAACACAGAUGGCCCACAAUCAGAAAUAUGGUGAUGUUCCGUAAUGUUGUCGAUGGAGAGCCCUUGUCUAACUGGUGGGACAAUGGGGGUAACCAGAUAGCUUUUGGACGAGGCAACCAAGGCUUCAUAGUUAUCAACAAUGAUAUCUGUUCCCUGGAUGUGACGCUGUACACCGGCCUUCAUAGAGGAACCUACUGUGAUGUCAUCUCCGGUCAGAGGUCAGGGGGGCGUUGCUCGGGGAAACAGGUGACCGUUGGAGGGGAUGGGAGAGCACACUUCACCAUCAGCGCCUCUGACCCGGACCCUGUCAUAGCCAUUCACACACACUCUAAGCUAGAGUAGGAGCUAAUAACACUGCACUUUAUACCACACUGUGAUAUUAUAGUUUGUGUAUCAUUACUGUAUUUCAAGUGGUCUUUCUAUCGAGGUUUGGAAAGAUGAUGAUUAAGAAAUAAGGCACGAAGGGGUGUGGUAUAUGGCCAACGUGGUAUAUUGGCCGUAUACCACAAACCCCCAAGGUGCCUUAUUGCUAUUGUAAACUGGUUACCAAUGUAAUUAGAGCAAUAAAAAUACAAUGUUGUCAUACCCAUGGUAUACGGUCUGAUAUACCACGGCUGUCAGCCAAUCAGUAUUCAAGGCUCAAACCGCCCAGAUUAUACUACAGUUGUGUACUGAGAUACAGAAAUGUCAUGUGUUAUUAUGGCUCAUAUCAAUUUGGGUCGUGAAAUGCAAACAACAGCUGUGUAAAAACAUCAUCAAUGUUAAUUUCAUGUCAGAUGUGAUCAUGCACUAUAUAUUCUGCAUGACUCUUCAAAUGUAGCGCUAAUAUACAUACAUUUACAUUAAUUAUAUACUGUAUGUAUGUGUUCUCAUUUGUCAAAUACAAUUAAAUGUCCAGUUGGAAAUAUAUCAA